AUGGCUGGUAAGGCCACUGCUUUUUUUUCCGCAGUCAAUUUGACCAAGACUAUCGUUGGAGCCGGGAUGUUAGCUAUCCCUUAUGCAUUCAGAAACGACGGAGUAUUAGUGGGUACACUUUUAACGCUAUUGGCAGCACUGAGUUCUGGUUUCGGACUUGUAGUGCUGGGAAAAUGUUCCAAGAGUCUCGUAGACCCGAGACAAGCGUCUUUUUUUUCGCUGUGUUCAAUAACGUAUCCGAAUUUAUCAAUGCUUUUCGAUUUUUCUAUGUUUCUGCAAUGUUAUGGAGUUGGUUUGAGCUACUUAGUGCUGUUGGGCGACCUUUUCCCCACUGUUUUGGGUGGUACAAGACAUGCAUGGAUUUUGGGAAGUAUUGUUGUGAUUGGACCUUUGACCAUGAUCCGUCAGUUGGACGGUUUGAAAUACUCUAGUAUCUUGGGGCUAGUGGCCAUUUUCUACAUUGUAGGACUUGUGGUUGCCAUUUUCUUUAGAGACGUGCUUUUGACGGAUAAUGCUAGCCAACACCGCGGUGACUUGUCAUGGAUAAGCGUCUACGAUGGUAAAGGUUUAAUCAGUACAUUUACGAUACUAAUCUUUGCGUUCACUGGGUCCAUGAACAUUUUCAGUAUAAUCAACGAGCUGCGCGACAACAGUAUGCGUAACAUUGGUGUCGUGGUUUGGAACUCAAUAACGGUGUCAUGUUCUAUCUUCCUAUGUGUGGGCAUUUGCGGAUAUGUGACUUUUGGAAGCAAUACCGUUGGCAACAUCAUUUUGAACUAUGACCCGAACUCGUACUGGACUAUGGCUGCUAAACUGUGUCUUGGCACUGUGGUUUUGCUAUCGUUCCCACUGAUGUUCCAUCCAGCACGCAUCUCGACAAACAACAUGUAUUACUGGCUCAAGCUCAAAUACGGCAAGUGCGAGGAACAUGACGCUAGAAACAAUGCCCAUGAUCAUACGGGAACUCCUAUAGCACUUGUUGUGGAAGACGAAGAAGAUCGGCUUUUACUGGGUGUCGAAAAUACUUACCAAAGCACUGCUAAUGUACCCAGUGUUGAACUGAAUCACAGCCAAGAAAAAUCACAAGCCGUGCCUUUCCCCGACAAGCACUUUUACGUUAUUACGGCAAUUUUGCUCGUCACUUUGUAUUUGUUGGCUCUCAACGUCACAUCAUUUGCGCUGGUGUUGGCAUUAGUAGGCGCUACAGGAUCGACCGCAAUUUCAUUUACACUACCGGGACUUUUUGGUUACAAGCUCAUUGGAUCACGCGCCGUCAUGACAGGAAGAUUAAUGUCUAGAUCCGACACGUUCUACAGGUACGCAAGUCUCCUACUUACCGUUUACGGAAUCUCAGUCAUGUGUCUAUCCCUCUACGUGACUUUGAAGUUUGGGCCUUAA